UCAACCCGGGACUGGCCGCAGCUGUGAGCCGUACAUCUUACCUGUCGCCGGCCGGUGUUGUCUCUUCUCUUGUGGUCUGAACGAACGUCGGUCGUAUUUGCGGGAUGCUAAAAUGUUCUGAUUCACCCCGCGAGCGAUGAAUGAAACGAGCACCAAGGGGACCGGACCGGCGGAGGCUCUGUUGACUGCGGGCUGCCGAGCCCCGCCUGUCGGGCUGUACGGAGGAUGGAGCCGAGGCUGAGCGGGGAUGGCAAGCCGUCCGUGUCCUGGUUCCUCCUCGGCCCUGUCUUCGUCCUCUCCCUCCUCGCUGUAUUAGUGAGCUGCCAUGGGACCUGCAAACACCGAGCCCCCCCUCCCGAUGAGGUUGUCCAUCAUGUGUACCUGAAGCCUGAGCGUCUGACUAAGAGAAGCUCUCCUGACGACCUUCAGCUGAAGAUAAAGAUCAUCUAUGACUACAGCGUUGACCAGCUUCCUGCAGACAAGAGGAGACUGGUGAAGGAUAAGCUGUUUCCUCAGGCCAUCGACUACCUGCAGAGGGCCUUCAGUGUGAGGCGCAGGGUGGGGCCUGUGCUGCUCAGCAGACAAUGUGCGACCAACCAGUACCUGAGGAAGAGAGAUGACCCCCAUCGCUACUGCCAGGGCGCCUGUGCAGACGUCACCCGCUGCGGCCCCAUCAUCGUACCACAGCACCACCUGCAGCAAUGCAAGGUGUGCAGCGAGUCUGGGAAGUCAUGUGGCCCCUCGGGACCCCCAGAUGGUCCCGGAGUGGAGGGGUCCGACUUUGUGCUCUACGUCAGCGGGAUCACCACAGAGCGCUGCGGACAGGAGAACAUCGUGGCCUACGCUGCGUACUGCCAGCUGGAGGCGGAGCUGGACAGACCUGUAGCAGGCUAUGCUAACCUGUGUCCUGCCAUGAUCUCCUCCCAGCCUCAGGAGUUUGAGGGGAUGCUCUCCACCGUCAAGCAUGAGAUCAUCCACGCUCUGGGGUUCUCAGCCGGUCUGUUCGCCUUCUACCACGACAAUGACGGCAAACCUCUGACCCCUCGCUUCGCCAGCGGCCUGCCCGCCUUCAACGAGAGCCUGGGUCUGUAUCAGUGGAGUGAGGCGGUGAUCAGGAGGGUCAGCAGGCUGUGGGACAUCAGAGGAGGGGUGAUGGUGCGGCACCAGGUCCACGUCCUCGUCACUCCUCGUGUCGUGGACGAGGCGAGGAGACACUUUAACUGUCCCAUCCUGGAGGGGAUGGAGCUGGAGAACCAGGGCGGGACGGGGACAGAGCUGAACCACUGGGAGAAGAGACUGCUGGAGAACGAGGCGAUGACGGGCUCCCACACCCAGAACCGGGUGUUCUCUCGGCUGACGCUGGCCAUCAUGGAGGACAGCGGCUGGUACCGAGCCAACUACAGCCUGGCUCAGAGGCUGGACUGGGGCCGCGGCCUCGGCUGCGACUUCGUCAUGAAGAGCUGCAAGUUCUGGAUGGACCGGCAGAGACAGAGGCGUCACGCUGUGACUCCGUACUGUGACACGGUGCGAGCGUCUCCUCUGCAGCUCACCUGCAGACAGGACCAGCUCGCAGUGGCCGUCUGCAACCUGCAGAAGUACCCACAGGAGCUGCCGCUGGAGUACCAGUACUUUGAGCGUGUCCCAGAUGUGGCGGCUGACCAGCUGUCGUUCUUCGGUGGAGCCGUGGAGAUCGCUGACUUCUGUCCCUUCAGUCAGGAGUUCAGUUGGCACCUGAGUGGAGAGUAUCAGAGGAACUCGUACUGCAGAGUGUCUGAGAACCAGCCAGACUGGUGGAGGAACUAUGGGGCGGAGCAGUAUGGACCGGACUCUGUGUGUCUGUACCAGAAGUCGGCGUUUGUGAUGGAGCAGUGCACCAGGAAGAUGACGUACCCUGACUGGGGCUCCGGCUGCUACAAGGUGUGGUGCUCGGCUCAGGGCCUGACGGUGUUCGUUCAGGAUCGCUCCUUCCUGUGUGUUCGUAAAGGUCAGCUGCUGAGUGUCAGCGUUCGGGUCAACGACUGGGUUUAUAACGGCGUCCUGAUAUGCCCCGCCUGCACCGACUUCUGCGACGACUGCCCCCUUCCCCACCAGCUGCCCCCCAUCAACACCUCCAGGAGUAACCCCAUCGACCCCUGCUCCAGUUCUCCAGGUCUGGCCAUCACUCUGUGGCUCCUGCUGCUCAACCUGCUCCCCCUAGUGGCCGGACUGCUGCUCUGCCACUGCAGCUGA